AUGAGCACAAACACGAAUGGCACCAUGUGGGACAUCUUCGAGCCGCAGCAGUUUGAGUUCAACCGCGGCGAGCUGAAGUGGCGCUGCCGCUGUCCAAAGUGCGGCAAGGAGUUCCGCCAGCGGUGCAAGCUGAUGCACCACAUCACCACGAAGCACGUCUCACUGAGACACUCACGGCCAAGGGCCGCCGAUGGGCGGCAGCAGCUCUUCCAGUGCACCUUCUGUCAGGUGAAGUUCCUCCACCAGCAGUCGCUGGAGGGACAUGUGGCGACGCAUCACAGCGAAAGUAGCAGUGCAGCUCAUUCUAGGGCUGGUGGUUCCAGCAACAACAACACCGCUCAACCGAAUUCUGGUGGCACCUUCCUCUUUAUGUGUCGAGAGUGCGACGAAAAGUUCGACUGCGACUACAGCCUCUGGUGUCACCUGAUGCUACACGCACUGAGCCGACCUUCCGACCACCACAGUCUAGGUGGGGAAGAUCAGGAGGAGGAGGAGAACGGCAGCUGUGGAAAGCAGUACCAGUGCGCCAAGUGCACGCUCAAGUUCACCCGGAAGAAGGACUUGAAGGCGCACCGGGAGAGCUUUCACAAGUACGGCGGCGGUCAACAGCAGUUGCUGCAAACCUACUCCGCCACUCCGCCGGAUGUAUCAGUGCUCCGUCAGCCAGCGCUCACUGAGGCGCUCUUUGUCUCGCUCUUCGCCUGUGAUAUGUGUGAGGAGAUGUUCAUCGGCGAGUGCGACUUGCGACAGCAUCGACUCAGUCAACACCACCACCAGCAGCAGCAGCCUCAGCCCCAGCAUUACCAAAACUGUUCUCAAAGUACCCGUUUACUAGGUCAGGCCGGUGGCAAUCAUCGCCUAUGCCUGCCACCGCACCACAAUUAUAGUGAUCC